AUGGCCGAAAAUGCCUCAAAAGAACCACGCAACACAGCUAAGAGUCCGUACUACUGGGACAUGAUGCGGUUACUCGACAAUGCCCGCAAAGAAGGCGAAUUGACAGAUGUUACUCUGUGAGUGGAAGGAAAAACAUUCCCCGCUCACCGAUGUGUUUUGGCAGCCAGUAGCCAAUUUUUUCAAGGUUUAUUUACCAACGAUAUGAAAGAAAAAUCGGCGUCAAUCGUAAAUAUCGAAGGAAUUUUCGGCGAUGAAUGAGUUCUCGUCCUACCUUUACACAGGAGAGGUUCAAAUGAGCGAGGCAAAUGUCGAUGAUCUGAUCGCGUCCGAGAACUAAUUACUACUUCCUCGUCUAAAAAACAUCGCUUGCAAGUUUAAGGAGCGGCAUAUGUCGACCAAAAAUUGCGUUGCUACCUUUCUAUAUGCUGAGAAAUACGAUUGCAAGGAGUUGAAAACAUACGCUGGCGAAUUAAUCAAGCAGAACUUCGCGACGGUCGGCAAGUCCAAGGAAUUCGUGCAAAUUUCCUGUCAUCAUAUAAAGGAUCUUAUUUCAGGCGACGUCUUAGUAAUUGGAACCGAAGAAGAAGUCUUCGAAAUCGUUCUAGAAUGGAUCGCGCAAAAUCAAGACGAGAAGGAGCAACAUUUUGCGGAGUUCGACUGAGCAGCAUAUCCGAUCAAUAUUUGUACACAAAGCCUAUAGUACUAUAAUGGCACUCAUGGCAGCAGACACAGCACACAGCCAUAUAUCCUUUGAUGGAGACAUCUCGGGUUUAAUUUCUGUGCUUUAGGUAGCCCACCACCAGAUAUGAUUAAAGGCAAAUGAGUUGGUACCGACGACUUUUCUGUCUGAUUCGCUCCUCUCAUCUCGGUGUAUGAGGUGGCACGAGGCAACGACGCGUUUUUACGUCACCAUAGACAUUCUCAUUUUUCCUCAUUAGAAAUGUCAAUCAAAUGUCGUCUGAUGAGAGCAGAUACUUUAAAUAGCUUAAUGCGUUGAAUCUUUUUGGAAAGGAUGUGUUGACUAUCAGCAGGUGAAAAUUAACUCAUAGCUGUUGUCAAAUGCUAAUCCGAUACGCAGAAACAACAAACACUCAUCACGUUCAGUGUUUUAUUUACCAUUGUACGGCUCACGUUGGCCACGGUCAAUCAAAACUGCGAUGCAGCAAUAUUACACGAGUGUGUUUCAACAAACCCGGAAAUCUUAUGUCCUGAAAAGAAGUUUCCGAAAACCGCAACCGCAACCGCAACCGCAAUCUCAACCGUAAAUUCCGAAAAUCGAAAAACCGCAACCGCAACCGCAACCGCAACCGCAACCGCAACCGCAACCGCAACCGCAACCGCAACUAUGAAUCCGGAAAUCCAAAACCGUAACUGUAAAUUAUAGGGCACAUGUUGUUAAGGUUGAGAACACACGGUUAAAGUAAAGUUUCUACCUUCUCUAUUUUAAAAACCGUCAAUGUGUGGCAUUUCACUUUCAGUGGAAAUUAUAGAAUCAAAAAGAAUAAAGGCACAUCCUUUAAACCAAUCAACGACUGAGUUCACUUUUCGGGGAUUCCCCCAAAUGUUGAAACACAAUGCCAUUCCCCCAUUACAGAGAACCAAGGGCGAAUUCUCUUUCGGUGUUAAUUUUUUUCAAUUAUUGUCAGUCUUUCAUUCACAAAUCAAUAUAUUUGUCUAAAAUCCUUACAAAAAGACACUUUAAAAGGAAACUUUACAUCUUCGUAAGAAAGCAGCACGGCCAGACCUGUCGUGACCGUCGUGACUAAGGACAAAAUCAGAAAACAAUAUAAUUGCAAGUAUUUAUAAACCCGGUGACACAGUAAUCUAUUUAACAUUUACUAUCUCAUGCAUGAUUCAUCAAAGCGUAAAUAGAACAAAAUUUAGGUAUUACCUGAAGAUUUACAAAUGAAAAAACUUUAAUACAAUUCAAGAUAUACAUGAACUACAAGUUCUGUUCUAACUUGAAUCUAUCUGUUAUGUGAUGAAGUCUGUAAACCAAAUAACAGAUCUUUACUCUUCUUUGUCCGUCAUCCCGUGAGCCGCAUUUGUCUAAAAACACAAAGAAAAAAAUAUGAAAUAGCAACAGGAUUGGAUUUAUUCAAGAUUUUUGAAAACAUUUUAAGAUGUUUAAAUACUCUUCAAGUCUUUCGCAUUACACUUGAGCUUCUAAAACGGAAAACAAACUAUCAGUGUUCAGCCGUGGUGCCCUUUGGACCCACAGCGUGAUGAUCACUCCUAAUUUAAUAUUCUCAAAACGGAAAACGAACUAUCAGCCGCGAUGCCUUAUUUGACCACAGCCUGACGAUCACGAUCACGAUCACGAUCACUCCGGAAAUUCGUUCGCAAAGUUGCGAGGUAUUUUACCUCGCAGGGGAACAAGUGGAAAGAAAUUUUGCCACGAUGAAUUGUUGCAAAAGUAAAAAAUUACAGUCUGGAUUAGAGCAGUGACAAUAAAUGGAACAUCCAUAUACCGAGCUUGCUCCUGUAUAUGAACUAUUCGAUAUUCCGCGGUUGAGUCGCGCGUACUACAAUCUGAAAAAAAAAAACUAGCUUUUUACGAGAAAAAGAUAGAACAGAAAAAUGAUAAUAAAGAUAGCGUCUGCACGAGAGAAUAUCAACUUGAUCGGCUAGGACAGUUUGCGCGGAGGAAACAGUUUCCCUUUCUCUGUCGAAAAAGUCGUUGUUUACACGCAUCAAAGUUUUCCCGAAAUAACCAUUAAUCUGUCAAACUUUGAUAAAAUAUUCUCAUAACUUACAGAAUUCUUACCUUCUCAGUCAAACCUCUCGUCGUGUUCUUCUGGCUGCCGGGUUUCAUUUGAAUCAAAUCGUCUCCUGAUUUCUCUCAGCAAUGAUUCUCUAUUUUCCCAGAUCUUUAAAAUCGCUACCGAGGAAACUGCACCAACAGCGAAGAAGAAUGCACCACGCAAAAAUGGAUCAGAGUAAAAAGCCAUUUCUCCUGAAUUCGCCUUGUUAUAGACAAAUCUCACCACAAGCUUUAGUAGGUAAAACACGCUCAGUACCAACCAAACUAUUUGCCCAGCGCCUGACCUGCGAGGCUGUGCAAUGAUACGAAAAUUACACCACGUUAAAAUUUGAGUUAACCAAAUGCACAGACAAUGUUUAACAUAUAUGAAUAAAUAAUGCCCCUAUGAAGUGUGACAGUUAAUAUAUAUCACGUGACGCUAUUUGUGUGGUGUUUUUAUUUCCAAAAGUCGCAGCAUACCAGUUUUAACAGAUCUUUACAAGCCCAACCAUCUGGAUCUAAAUUAUCCUGAAUUAAUUCUUGUGAAGCUAUGGAUUUCUAAACCUAAUGUUUUUUGAGGGGCAAGCCUCAAAGGCAAUGAGGCUUCGAAAGGAAUUUCACUUCCUCAAUUAAUAUUCAAUCUAAAGAAUGUAUAGUCGCAUUAGCAGCCGUUUUCCUGCCACGUCUAAUGAUAUGCUUGCGACUGAAAUGCUUCGGUAAGCAUUACUCUUCGAGGCGUUGCUGGGCGCUGAUUACAAAACAGCGGCAGUUAAACUUUCGCGUAUUUAUUGUAAAGGACAAAUAGUGAAAAAAAAUUGAGCAAACUAAAGGCAACUCCGAAUAUAACUUUCAAAAUUUGUAUUUAAAGCAGGUACAUCACUCACUGGUGUUAUCAGCAUUCGGGUAACACUGAACUCAACGCGAUUAUUUUAGCUAAAUGGUCGGAAGAGAACACUCCGGUAUAAUUGGAAGAAUUAAUUGAUUUCUCCGUUUUCUCAGUUUAAACACAAGUGCUUACCUUUUCAUGAGGACCUCUCGUCAUUUUCUUGGGGCUGCUUUUUUUUCUCAGUGUUUUCACGUCUUUUCUCUCCCAUCCACUCCAACAGUUUAAAAACAAGCACAGUUAGAACGCCGCCGAUGAAACCAAACAAUGUACUCAAAAAUAAUUCCUCCGGUGAAAACAUCUCUCAAAGUUUGCGGUUGAUAGGCAAUUAAUGAAAUAUUCUAUGGACGCCGCUGGAAAUCUUCAGCUUACGAAAUUGGGAAGCUGUGCUAGUCCUUGCCGUCUCUGCCUUUUAUAGCGAGAUGUACCAAAAACUGACUUGCAAAGUUCGCUUUCGACAAGUUGUUGAAAAUGACGUACUUCUGCCGCCCUGAAUGGGUUAUAAUAAGACAACCUGAAAGUUUCAGUUUCAUAAUCCUGAGGAUUAUGAGCGAGGGUCGUCACACGACCAACAAUACGGCAACAGAACCAUCGCACGUGUGAACUGGGCUUUACUCACUCAGAACAUUUUAACAUUGUAAUUUUGAAUAUGAGUGAAUACGGUGAAAUUUUGAAAAUAGGAUAAUUAAUCUUCAACCUUUGAGUGUAAUCGUUGAAAUAAGGAAAGUGAGGAGUCCACCAACUUCAUUAACGGUGCCCCAUUAAAAUUGUAACCAACGGUUGGCUAUAGUCGUCUGUGACAAACAACCGGGGGGUUUUACUUAAUGCCUGGGAGGGGGUUAGUGGGCGGAUUUUAUUUGUGUCACGAUUAAAUUUCCCUAAUCUACCCAUAAGGCUAUGUAACAUCCUCAUUUCCCCCCACCCCCUCAUUGGCAGUCAGGUUUCUUUAGUCCCCCUCCUUCCCCCCUCCUCCCCCCCCCUUUGUAUUAAUCCUUCUCCGCUCCGACUGAAAACCAUGUCAGGUGAACGAACCAAAAAUCUUGAGGACUGGACGAAGACUGUGAUUAAGUCACUGAUAAAAUAUGACGGUGCAAACUGUUAUAACAAUUUUUUGAAAACGAUUUUCAUUUAAGGAAAGAAUGACUGAAAAAAACGUGAAUAAUUUUCUGACUGACAGGUUUUCUAUACUUGCUUUAUUGUUAGCUUUGUAUUUGCUUUCUUGAUUCUACAGCUUAACGAGAAACAUUUUUUACACGAUUUAAAGGAUAUCUGCAUAUCAUUGAGUCAUAUAUUUAGACUAUCCUGUUAAAACAGAGUGCGCAAUACAGUAUAACACAUUUAGCCAUCAAAAAUUCCAUUCGUCCUUCUUUGUAAGUCCACGAUCGAAUCGUAAAUUCCUGUAAACGAAUUUUCCGUAAGUGUCUUUUGACGGCGUAACUAAUCAAAACAUGGAUAAAAUUAAGUUGUUCCGACUUAACCCAACUGGAAAUGAUAGCUUACUCCCAACUAACCAAUCAAUACAUGGCGUAAUCGAUCAAGGUAUGAAUAAAAUUAAGCUGUUCCGUGGGAACCCAACUUUUAAAUUUAGGUAUGUGUUUGACCUUUAUCUCUCAGGACCUCGUGCCUGACUCGUUUUCAAAAAAUUUCGACUUUUUUUCAUUGAUUUAGUGAAUAGAUUUCAAAAAAGAUAUCCAAUAAUCAGGAAACUAUGGAAGAUGUUCGGAGACGAAUGACUUUAAUUCCGGGGCUUUGAAGCAAUAUUCAUAUCUUGAGGGAUCACACCUAACUCUAUACAUCCCCGCGCCGCAAAUGUUUGGCCAACGAAAUGACUAACUAGUCGACAAAACUUAUAUUUGAUUGACGUCAGGAGGUUCAUCGUAAUCAAAUCGUUAUCUCACACACAAACACUGCCGGUAUUAACAGAGUCUACAGGGAUGAGAAAUUACUGGGAUUCGUCAAUCAAAGAACUCACCAUUCUCGCUCGUCUCUAUCAUGGCGGAAAUGCAUUUACAAAUCAUUACUUUUAGGGCAGCCGCACGUCAAAUCAAACAAUAGACUCGUUUUCAAAAAAUUUCGACACGUCAAAUCAAACAAUAGACUCGUUUUCAAAAAAUUUCGACUUCUUUUCAUUGAUUUAGUGAAUAGAUUUUCAAAAAAGAUAGGGCAGGGCAGCCGCACGUCAAAUCAAACAAUAGACUCGUUUUCAAAAAAUUUCCGCACGUCAAAUCAAACAAUAGACUCGUUUUCAAAAAAUUUCGACUUUUUUUCAUUGAUUUAGUGAAUAGAUUUUCAAAAAAGAUGGGGCAGGGCAGCCGUACGUCAAAUCAAACAAUAGACUCGUUUUCAAAAAAUUUCCGCACGUCAAAUCAAACAAUAGACUCGUUUUCAAAAAAUUUCGACUUUUUUCAUUGAUUUAGUGAAUAGAUUUUCAAAAAAGAUAUCCAAUAAUCAGGAAACUAUGGAAGAUGUUCGGAGACGAAUGACUUUAAUUCCGGGGCUUUGAAGCAAUAUUCACAUCUUGAGGGAUCACACCUAACUCUAUACAUCCCCGCGCCGCAAAUGUUUGGCCAACGAAAUGACUAACUAGUCGACAAAACUUCUAUUUGAUUGACGUCAGGAGGUUCAUCGUAAUCUCACACACAAACACUGCCGGUAUUAACAGAGUCUACAGGGAUGAGAAAUUACUGGGAUUCGUCAAUCAAAGAACUCACCAUUCUCGCUCGUCUCUAUCAUGGCGGAAAUGCAUUUACAAAUCAUUACUUUUAGGGCAGCCGCACGUCAAAUCAAACAAUAGACUCGUUUUCAAAAAAUUUCGACACGUCAAAUCAAACAAUAGACUCGUUUUCAAAAAAUUUCGACUUUUUUUCAUUGAUUUAGUGAAUAGAUUUUCAAAAAAGAUAGGGCAGGGCAGCCGAACGUCAAAUCAAACAAUAGACUCGUUUUCAAAAAAUUUCCGCACGUCAAAUCAAACAAUAGACUCGUUUUCAAAAAAUUUCGACUUUUUUUCAUUGAUUUAGUGAAUAGAUUUUCAAAAAAGAUAGGGCAGGGCAGCCGCACGUCAAAUCAAACAAUAGACUCGUUUUCAAAAAAUUUCCGCACGUCAAAUCAAACAAUAGACUCGUUUUCAAAAAAUUUCGACUUUUUUUCAUUGAUUUAGUGAAUAGAUUUUCAAAAAAGAUAUCCAAUAAUCAGGAAACUAUGGAAGAUGUUCGGAGACGAAUGACUUUAAUUCCGGGGCUUUGAAGCAAUAUUCAUAUCUUGAGGGAUCACACCUAACUCUAUACAUCCCCGCGCCGCAAAUGUUUGGCCAACGAAAUGACUAACUAGUCGACAAAACUUCUAUUUGAUUGACGUCAGGAGGUUCAUCGUAAUCUCACACACAAACACUGCCGGUAUUAACAGAGUCUACAGGGAUGAGAAAUUACUGGGAUUCGUCAAUCAAAGAACUCACCAUUCUCGCUCGUCUCUAUCAUGGCGGAAAUGCAUUUACAAAUCAUUACUUUUUAGGGCAGCCGCACGUCAAAUCAAACAAUAGAAAUCAUGAGCCAAAUGUCAAUCACUGAAGCAAAGUAAGUGGCUAAUGAAGCAAGUUGGUCAUAACUAAAACAAUUAAGUCUUGGUUGAGAUUAAUUUUGCCUCUUGAUUUAUAACUAAUGAGGCGCGUUGAGAUAACCGAACGAGAACAGUAGCAGAAAAAGUUUCCAUUCCACAACUAGUCUCUACUAACUCUUGUUCAGCGCCCUUCCCUGUGUGCGACGAUCUUAGUCUUGCGUAGGUUUUUCUGAUACUGAAAUAUGUCAACUGGUAAAUCACAUGACAUAUGUUGUUCAAGUUAAUAACACCGUUGAACUUAAGUUUUUAGCCUCUCUAUCUUGCGCUCUGUUAAUGUGUGAAAUUUCACUUUCAGAGGAAGAUAAAGAAUAAAACGAAAUAAUAGGACAUCGUUCAAGCCAAUCACAGGCCGAGUUCGCCUUAAGGGGAUUCCCCUAAACGUUUAACACAAUGCCAUUCAGGUCACGAUUCUCUCAUCACAGAGAGUCAGAGUAAUCCCCUUUCAGCGUUGAUUUUUUUAGAAUAAUUGUUAGCAUUUCAUUCACAUAUAAAUCAGUUUGUCUCCAAUCCCCCCUCCCCACCCAAGAAAAAAAAAAAGAAAAGAACUUAAAGAAAACCAUUCUCUCCUACGAAAAAAACAAUGCACGGUUAUGUCUGUCGUGACCAGGUAUAAAAACAGAAUACUCAAUAUAACUGAAACCGUUUAAACUCGGCGCGAAACGACUGAUCCAUUAAAAAUUUACUGGCUAAUUCACCUUUUAAAAAGCGUGGAUACAAAACACUUUUAGUUAUAACUUGAAGACUACAAAAAGGCUGGCUUGUGCAGCAAAAACUACGUUAAACGUGUUUGCGACUGCAACAUUUCAUAUGUAAACAACAUUAUUGGAAAGGAGAGCUAAUACUCCCUCAAAACACAUCGUGAUUGUAAGCGGCUUUUUGUGAACAGUAGAAGAAGCUAAGUAACUUACAUGAGUUCAAAAAAGUCUAAACUCCUGUCUUCUCGUGGUUUCAAUCUGUUGACUUGUCUCUGACUGCAACCCGCGAGCGAGGAACGUUACGCACCAAAGAUUAACAUACAAAUCACCAAACAUUUUAACUUCCGCUUUCAGAUAUUCUUCCUGUCUAGGACAUGUUUAAAGAAGCGUUGUAUGACCAAAAAACUGCAAUUCGAGGCUUUAAAGCCAGCAGGUAAGCGUAGUUCCGAGCUCCACGUGUAAAGAUCCUGACACAAGUGAGAUGAAUAUUAAAUAUCGGCAAUAUAUUUGCAAUUCAAUUCGAACUUUCCGCGCGUGCUUCGCAAUCGGUAUUCAAAAUGACAUCGUGUGGAGUAGGGCAAAAUGUUUCUUUUCUGGCGGUGAUAUUUGUUCAGUCCUUUUACGAGAUCAGGUAUACUUAUUUGGCGGAACCGGAAGUCAAAGUGUCAAUCGGCAGAAUUCUCGUAUGGUGGAGUGUUACGAUAUCAAGUCAAAUACCUGGCUCGAUGCUCAUUCUAUGCCAUAUAAUGAUACAUAUUUCAAAGGA